AAUUAAUUAUUUUAUAAAUUUUUACAUUACUUUUGAAACAUAUAAAAGAUAUAAAUAUUUCAUAAUAUAAACACAUUUUACAAACAUGUACUUUCUUAUGAUAAAUGAACACAUACAUCACACAUUAUUUCAGAAUCUAAUCGAUCAGUUAUACAUAACAUCAGUUUUCAAUCUUUUCACUAUCUUUGAACGUAAAAUUUUAUAGAACUGAUAGCCCCUACUAUAAUUACAGUCUUUUACUUCUAUUUACUUCUUUUAAUAAGUAUUGAUCGAUUUACAAUUGUAAUAACACAGAAGUACGCACGCGACAUUACGAGCGCAAGCUCAAGAGCAACUGUCACCAGACUACCACAAACAGUUGGUUUUCUACUAUCCAGCAACAUGUACUCCAUUCGAAAUCCGAUCAAUGAACCGCGAAAUCCUAAUUACGAGAAAGAUAUAGAUUACGUGAUGAAAUAUAACAAAUGGGUUCUUACUUGUAUUGGCAUUUGGCCGAUAGUACUAAAAAAUAUAAAUAAAAUUUUACCGAAAAUAGUGAUUGGAAUCAAUAAUUUAUUGUGUUCUUUUAUCCUGAUCCAAAGUGCAUUGCAUAUCAUAUAUGAGGAGAAAGAUAUAUUGCUAAGAUUGAAGAUUCUCGGUUUAAUUUUUUUCUCUUUCAUAUCAUUGAUGAAAUAUUGGGCUCUAACGAUACAUAAACCGGAAAUCAAAUAUUGCAUCGAACAGGUGCAAUCAGAUUGGAAACAGGUAGAGAUGGAAAAUGAUCGCGAACUUAUGUUAAAAUAUGGAAUACUCGGCCGAAAUUUGACCAUUUAUAGUAUUUUGUUUAUGUACAUCGGUAGUAUUACCUAUAUGUCUAUUACGCAGUAUGCAAUGGGAUCGCAAAUUAAUGAACAUAAUCAAACGAUUAAAGUGUUGAUUUAUCCUACAUAUGGUUAUAAUAUUCAAAAAAGUCCAGUUUAUGAAAUAAUAUAUGGUGUUCAAUUUAUGUGCGGAUAUGUCGUCGACACUGUAACAUCUGGUGCUUGCGGUUUGGCAGCACUUUUUGUAACCCAUGCCUGUGGACAAAUCGAUAUUAUUACGUCUCGAUUAGAUGAUAUAGUUGCUGGACAAUUCUACAACAAAAAUUUAAAUCCGAAUAUACGACUGAUGGCAAUUAUUAAACAUCAUAUAAGAAUUUUAAAAUUUUCAGCGGUAGUUGAAACAAUUUUGCAAGAAGUAUUCUUUUUGGAAUUCAUUGGUUCUACUUUUGUAAUAUGUUUGCUUGAAUAUUAUUGCAUUGCGGAUUGGGAACAAAAAAAUAUAAUUAGUCUAACAUCAUAUAUAUUACUAUUAAUAUCAUUGACGUUUAAUAUGUUCUUAUUAUGCUAUAUUGGUGAUCUUCUAAUACAAAAGAGUGGUAACAUCGGAGUAGCCGUGUUCAUGAUUGACUGGUUUCACUUACCAACAAAAACGAUUCAAAAUCUUAUUUUGAUCAUGGCUAUGUCGAAUAAUCCGGCAAAACUUACUGUCGGUAGGAUAGUUGAUUUAUCUUUGUCUACUUUUGGAAAUGUUUUAAAGACGACAUUUGUGUACUUAAACUUCCUUCAGACUGCUGUUAUGCAAUAAUCUUAUAUAAAUGUUUUUAUAAUUAUUUUCAAUCAUAAAAUAUUAAAUAGUAAAUAAAGAAAUAUAUUGUAA